GGGGGGGCCGCGCCGUCGGGGCAGCGUGGCGGCCGCGCCAUGGAGCUGUGGCCCUGGCUGACGGCCGCGCUGCUCGGCCUGCUGCUGCUGCUGCGGCUGCACCGCGGCGCCAACUUCUGCGCCAGGAUCGCGCUCUACUGCGCGCUGUGCCUGGCCGUGUCGGCGCUCGCCUCGCUCGUCUGCCUGCUGCGCCACGGCGGCCGCACGGUGGAGAACAUGAGCAUCAUCAGCUGGUUCGUGCGGGGCUUCAAGUACGUGUACGGCAUCCGCUUUGAGGUCCGGGGCCGGCCGAAGCUGGAGGUGGACCAACCGUGUGUCAUCAUCUCAAACCAUCAGAGCAUCCUGGACAUGAUGGGCCUCAUGGAGGUGCUCCCCAGGCGCUGCGUGCAGGUGGCCAAGCGGGAGCUGCUGUUCCUGGGGCCCGUGGGCCUCGUCAUGUACCUGGGCGGCGUCUUCUUCAUCAACCGGCAGCGCUCGAGCACUGCUGUGAGCGUGAUGGCCGACCUGAGCGAGCGCAUGGUCAGGGAGAACCUCAAAGUGUGGAUCUACCCCGAGGGCACGCGCAACACCAACGGCGACCUGCUGCCCUUCAAGAAAGGUGCCUUCUACCUGGCGAUCCAGGCCCAGGUGCCCAUCAUCCCCGUGGUGUACUCGUCCUUCUCCUCCUUCUACGACAUCAGCACGAAGCUCUUCACCUCAGGAACCAUCAGGGUGGAGGUGCUGGACGCCGUCCCCACCAGCGGCCUCACCGUGGCCGAUGUCCCCAAGCUCCUGGACACCUGCCACCAGGCCAUGCGCACCACCUUUCUGCACAUAUCCAAGACGCCCCAGGGGAAUGGGGCGGCUGAGGGGUCCGGGGCCCAGGCCGCUCAGUAGCACCGGCCACAGCUGGGGGGACGGGCAGGGCCUGUGCGAGGACGGACUGAGGGACACCCCCCCCCCCCCGGCUGCCAAGUAGCACCGCACCCGCCCGCUGGCCGCCCGGCUUUCAUCCAGGGCCAGGGCCUGGGGCAGACUGGCCUCGUGCCCAGGGCCCCAGGCCAUCGCAGGAGCAGCAGCACCAGGUCCUGGGACGGCUCGGAGCAGGCGGGGGCGGAGCCCCCUGCGUGCGCAGACCACAGCCCCCGCUCCAGGCCGGCAGGGGCUGGGACUCUGGUGGUCUCACUGGAGCCGGAGGGCGGGGCCUGCUCACUGUCAAUGCUGUCUCGGUUAUUUUUAUAAAGGAACUCUUGGAAGUG